GUUGCCAAGGCUGUGUAGUGCAGUGGCUAUUGAUAGGUGCGAUCAUAGCUCACUGCAGCCUGGAACUCCUGGGCUCAAGCGAUCUUCCUGCCUUGGUCUCCCCAGUAGCUGGGACUACACGUGUGCGCCAUCGCGCCCGGGCUUGCACAAAUUUUCAUUCUCCCAGAGUCGUCUUAUUUAUUCCUUCCAGAAUUUUAGGCACUUGGUUCUCCGAAAGCCCCGACGUUAAGAUUGACUCCACCUCCAGCAGAAGGAAGGCCCUUCUUCUCUCUUAAGGAAAAUUCCCGCCUCCCGCAUUGGAUUCCUUUUCCGGUUGGCUGGUGGCUGCUCUCUUUACCUGCACUGGGCAGUGACCGUGUCCCUCAAAUGUAAAUGAGGUUCCAGGGGUCGCUGUUUUUUCACUUUCCGUUGACGGGGUGAACAAUAUCCUCGUACCUCAAUUGCUUCUCCACACCCUUUUGGUCCUCAAAAAUCUUCCUCUUGCCCUCCACAUGUAGCUAGAUGCGUUUUCGCGGUAUAUGACUCAGGGUGCGAUUGCUCUUUUUCCUCUGUGGAGAAAGCGUUUUCACUUGUACGGACACCUAAGUGUUAAGAUGGCCGCGCCCAUUGUGUCAUUCCCGUCAUUCUUUGUGCAAAGCGGAUGACUUUUCUCCCCAGCCCGCUAAGGUGCACGUAGCCCAUACCAUGUUUCUCUUGGCUAAGCUCGACCCUCUGAAAAUAAAUGAAACUUGGGCGCAGGACUUAGGUGCCAAAAUAUGGAGUUCUUCACCGUCCCGCGCUAUCCCUGAAUACUUGGGCAGAAAAGGCCCACUUUACCUUCCGUACGUGCAGGAUUCAAAGAUGGCUGCCUCCAGUAUCCGUGACGAAAGGACGCGAACUUACUACCUCCCAGUCGUCCGUGCUCCGUACACCUGCAACUUCAGACCUUCCUCGGCCGCCGUAGGCCGGCUUGGAGGCUGGGCGAGGGCCCGGAAGUGGAAGAAUUCGGGAAAGUGCAGGCUCUGGGAAGUCUCGGUGGGUUCCCCGCAAAAUCAGAGAUGGCAUCUCACUAUGUUGCCCAGGCUGAUCUUGAACUCCUGACCUCAAGUGAUCCUCUCUCCUUGGCCUCGUAAAGUGCUGGGAUUCCAGGUGUGAGCCACUUCACCCGGCCACAUUUAUCCAUCUUGUAAAAUAUUGCUUUGUUUUUUGGUGCAUUUCAAACCCACAGGUCCUGACUCCAGGAGCAAGACACUUCAAGUGAGGUGAGGAGGAGGUUCCAGGACCUGGAUACCAUCCUUUGCAGGGAUGUAAUUCACCAGAGACCAAGAUUUCUAGCCAGAAAUUGAGGGCAGCUCAAGGAGAGACUACAGACACAGCAUCCUACUUACUGGCUAUUUCCCAGUAACAGAAGAAAAUGAUCAAGUCCCAGGAAUCACUGACCCUGGAGGAUGUGGCUGUGGAGUUCACUUGGGAGGAGUGGCAGCUCCUCGGCCCUGCUCAGAAGGACCUGUACCGAGACGUGAUGUUGGAGAACUAUAGCAACCUCGUGUCAGUGGGGUAUCAAGCCAGCAAACCAGAUGCACUCUUCAAGUUGGAACAAGGAGAGCCAUGGACAGUGGAAAAUGAAAUCCACAGCCAAAUCUGUCCAGAAAUCAAGAAAGUUGACAAUCAUCUACAGAUGCACUCACAAAAGCAAAGAUGUCUGAAGAGAGUGGAACAGUGCCAUAAACGUAAUGCAUUUGGAAACAUCAUUCGUCAGAAGAAAAGUGAUUUUCCUUUAAGGCAAAAUCAUGAUACAUUUGACUUACAUGGGAAAAUACCUAAAUCAAAUUUAAGUUUAGUCAACCAGAACAAAAGGUAUGAAAUCAAUAAUUCUGUGGGGGUUAAUGGAGAUGGGAAAUCCUUCCUUCAUGCCAAGCAUGAACAAUUUCAUAAUGAAAUGAACUUCCCCAAAGGUGGAAAUUCUGUGAAUACAAAUUCACAAUUCAUUAAGCAUCAGCGAACUCAAAACAUAGAUAAACCCCAUGUAUGCACUGAGUGUGGAAAGGCUUUCCUCAAGAAGUCUCGCCUCAUCUAUCAUCAGAGAGUUCACACUGGGGAGAAACCUCAUGGAUGCAGUAUAUGUGGGAAAGCCUUCUCCAGAAAGUCCGGGCUCACUGAACACCAGAGAAACCACACAGGUGAGAAACCCUAUGAAUGCACUGAAUGUGACAAAGCAUUCCGCUGGAAAUCACAGCUCAAUGCACACCAGAAAAUUCAUACAGGAGAGAAGUCAUAUAUAUGCAGUGAUUGUGGAAAAGGCUUCAUCAAGAAGUCUCGGCUCAUUAAUCAUCAGAGAGUUCAUACAGGAGAGAAACCACAUGGAUGCAGCCUGUGUGGGAAGGCCUUCUCCAAAAGGUCCAGGCUCACUGAACACCAGAGAACUCAUACAGGAGAGAAACCCUAUGAAUGCACUGAAUGUGACAAAGCAUUCCGCUGGAAAUCACAGCUCAAUGCACAUCAGAAAGCUCACACAGGAGAGAAGUCAUAUAUAUGCCGUGAUUGUGGAAAAGGCUUCAUUCAGAAGGGAAAUCUCAUUGUACAUCAGCGAAUUCAUACUGGAGAAAAACCCUAUAUAUGCAAUGAAUGUGGAAAAGGCUUCAUCCAAAAGGGCAACCUCGUUAUUCAUCGGCGUACUCACACUGGAGAGAAACCCUAUGUAUGCAAUGAAUGUGGGAAAGGCUUCAGCCAGAAGACAUGUUUAAUAUCCCAUCAGAGAUUUCACACAGGAAAGACACCCUUUGUAUGUACUGAGUGUGGAAAAUCCUGCUCACACAAGUCAGGUCUCAUUAACCACCAGAGAAUUCACACAGGAGAGAAACCCUAUACAUGCAGUGACUGUGGGAAAGCUUUCAGAGAUAAAUCAUGUCUCAACAGACAUCGGAGAACUCAUACAGGGGAGAGACCCUACGGAUGCUCUGAUUGUGGGAAAGCUUUCUCCCACUUGUCAUGCCUUGUUUAUCAUAAGGGAAUGCUGCAUGCAAGAGAGAAACGUGUAGGUUCAGUCAAAUUGGAAAAUCCUUGCUCAGAGAGUCAUAGCUUAUCACAUACACGUGAUCUCAUACAGGAUAAAGACUCUGUUAACAUGGUGACUCUGCAGAUGCCUUCUGUGGCAGCUCAGACCUCAUUAACUAACAGUGCGUUCCAAGCAGAUAGCAAAGUAGCCAUUGUGAGCCAGCCUGUUGCCAGAAGUUCAGUCUCAGCAGAUAGUAGAAUUUGCACAGAAUAAAAACCAUAUGAAUGCAGUGAAUGUGGUAGUGCUUUCAGUGAUCAAUUACAUCAUAUGUCACAAAAAACACAGAGGAACAAACUGUGAUAUAUUCAAGGUGGAAAGCCCUUGAAUAAAACCUUAUGGCUAAUAAGCAUAUACUCAGAGAAAAAUAGUAUGAAGUGGAGACUGGGAAAUUCUUUUAUGGGAAGAUAGAUCCUCUCAUCAGUGACCAUAGAUCACAUCUUCAGUGAGCUUAUCGUUGGUAGAAAUAUAAUGAUCAUGGAAAAGUCCUUGUUCAGAAACAGUACCCCAGUAGGUAUCAGGGGGUUUACACAGGAGAGAAACUGUUGGAAGACCUUUGAAGGCUGUGAAUGUGGCAGGGUUGCUAGUGGUACAUUCUGCCUUAUCCUCAGAGGGAAUCAUAUAGAAAUAAAACUAUGAAAAUGUAACUAGAACAUCUUCAUCAAAUUAUGAAAGAACACACGAAGCAAAUAAGCCCUGUGGAAAGGAAUAUUGUAGAGAUUUCAAUCACAAAUCUAACAUCAUUAUAUGGCAGAUAAUAUACAGGUUGUGUAUUUUAGGACACUAUACCUUGAAUCACUAGUUGAUAUGUCAAUGACUAAUUAAAAGGGGUUGUCAGUGUUACACAUCAUUGGUUAAAUUUAUAGCACAAUGUACCUCUUCCCCCUUUUUUGAUAAGAGUCUUCUAUUCCCAACCAAGAUCAUUAUAUGAUUAGCUCUUGUGUUUCUUUGAUUCCAAAUUUCUUCACUUGUUAUUUCAGACUACUGAAGCUCUUCAAAAGGAAAAAUGUAUUUAAUUUAAUAAUGUAACAACAAGUUUGGAUGUGUUUAACUUUAUAAAUAUCACCCCAGAGGAAUGAAGUUCAAAACUUGUGAAUAACCAAUUGGCCAUGCUCUUAAUUUAGAAGGUAGUCCUCAUCCUAACCCUGUGGUUUGUCUUAUUGUUGGCAUAAACAACAUUCAGAAUA